AGUGCUGGCACAAGUCGGCAGGUACCAAGCGGGUGGCAGUGAAUUCUAAGGUGCUUCCAGUUUGUUUGUUAUUAUAAUUGCCAUCGACGAAAUUAUCGAAAGAACUAUAUAUCCAGGGCGUAAUAACACAAGUGGCUACCGUGACAGUCCAAAUUUGUUAUCUGCGCAAAGCGAAGUGGUUUACAUACUCAAGGAAACCCACCCAAACUUCUGGUAACAGUAGUGAUAUUUAUGUUAUCUUCUUCAAUCUUAUAGAAACGUGACAAGAGAAUUAUGUCGAUGGAGUUCAUCGCCUUAUUAAAGAAACUUAUUUGGGCAUUAAGAUAGUGAUUCACAAAUCAUCGACAGCAUCUUAGGAUCAUACUCGUGGAAAGACCGAACCGCAGUUACAGACAUGCUGAGUUUCCAGUCAAACCAGUUGUGGUACCACAUCUGAACGUUCUAGUUGCGUCAACAUUUAAAUGUCAGUUAGUAUUUGCUAACAAUGGCAUCAGUAGAAGUGGAUAAGCUAUCCGAGCACCUCCUCAAAUGUCCUAUAUGUCUAGAAACGUACAGGACACCGAAAGUGCUUCCAUGUCUACACACCUUUUGCCAACACUGCCUGAAAGGUAUGAUACAGUCAGGUGAAAACAUUAUUGUCUGUCCGACAUGCCGAUGCGAAGUAUGCGUCCCAAAGGAAGGCGUUUCCGCACUCUCCACAAACUUCUUCAUCAACAACAUGCUGGAUUUCCUCUCUGUGGCGUUAAGUAACUCCAAACCCAUCUUCUGUACAAACUGCGAGGACCGUAACACGGCUACGUCGAGGUGUAUCGAGUGCAUGGAGUUCCUGUGCGAGCAGUGCGUCGCUGCCCACAAGCGGACAAAGCUCACAAAGGAGCAUGAGAUACUCGCCUUGAAUGAGCUCCAGGGUCAGCCCGAGGUACAGGACAAGCUACACCGGCCGUUGGUGUGCAGCGUCCAUGACAAUGAGGUGCUCAAGUACUUUUGCGAGACGUGUGACGAACCCGUGUGCCGGGAAUGCCUCAUAAUCGAUCAUCGUGAGCAUAGGUAUGGAUAUCUGAAAGACGUCGACAAGAAGCAUCGAUCAGAGGUAGGGGUACUAGUUAUGAGUACAAAGAAGAAGUUGGCCAGACUCAAGGAAGCCAUUGACAAAGUGACAGAUACGCGAAAGAGAUUGGAUUGCAAAGCUGAGGAAAUUCGACAAGAAGUCAUGCGUCAUACACAGCGCUGUAUAGAGGUCAUACAAGAACGCGAACAAGAACUCUUAACCCAAGUUAAUAACAUCCACCGCAUGAAAUCUAAAACCCUCGAGAUCCAAUCCGACGACUUGGACAUGAUGCUUGGGAACCUUAAUAGCAGUAUCGACUUCACCGAAAACGCCCUUCGUCAUGGCAACGAGGCAGAGGUGAUGCUUGUCCGAAAGCAAAUGACAGCGAGGUUAAAAGACUUGAACCAGACAAAGCUUGAAUAUGAGCCACUAGAAGACGAGGUCAUAGACUAUACUUUGAACGCGGACGAGUUCCGAAAAGCAAUUGAGCGGAUGGGCACAGUAAAGGUGUACCACGCCUACCCGAGGUUCUGCUAUGCCUCUGGGGUGGGGAUCCAGAGAGCUAAGAUAGGUUUAGAGGCUGUGUUUCUUGUGACUGCUAAAGAUCGCAUGAACGAGGUGUUUAGUGGUGGUGGAGAAACCGUAAAAGUGGUCGUCGAGCCACCCGAAGGUGACGAGUACGAAGGGAGCGUGAUCGACAAUGGUGACGGUACAUACACCGUUUCGUACGAACCCAACCAGCGAGGAAACCACAAGAUCAUCGUCACGAUCCGCAACCGGAACAUCGGCGGAAGUCCCUUCUCCGUCAACGUUACCGGAAGGAUGAACUAUAAAAAGCUGGGUAAAGCGAUCCGUACAUUUGGCUCCGAGGGGGCUGGGGGUGGGGAGUUCAGUAUUCCAUGGGCGGUCGCCAUCGACGAGGAGAAUGAAUGCUUUAUCGUCACGGACUGCAAUAAUCACAGAGUCCAGGUGUUCGACUUCAACGGUGUAUUUAUGUUCAAGUUUGGCUGUGAAGGGAUCGAUAAGGGUCAGUUUAAGAACCCCAAGGGGAUAGCUCGACUCACAAACGGACACAUAGUCGUGGCAGACUUCAAUAACCAUAGAGUGCAAAUCUUUAACGAGGAUGGGCGUUUUUUACGCAAGUUUGGAUUCUAUGGGACGGGUGGAGAACCCGGCUCGAUGAAUCACCCGUGUGGGGUUGCGUGCACGCCCGGCGGGCUCAUCCUCAUCUCGGAACAGGACAAUCACAGGAUUCAGAUGUUUGAUGUAAAUGGUGAGCCUAUUAGGAUGUUCGGGAGCCAGGGGUUCACCAAGGGGCAGUUCAUCUAUCCGCAUCACUUGUGCGUCACACAGAGGGACAAGGUAGUGGUCGCCGACUGUGUCAAUGAUAGGAUACAGGUGUUCAAUAUUGAAGGGGAGUGCUUGUUCAGCUUCGGCAAGGAAGGAACGCAGAACGGGUUAUUUGACGGCCCAGAGGGGGUCACAUGCGACGAUGAAGACAAUAUUCUCGUUAGCGAUUAUCACAACCAUCGCGUUCAAAUAUUCAAUGCAGAAGGCGGGUUUGUGGCCGCAUUUGGACAGUUUGGUGACGAAGAAGGAAACUUUCGCAAUCCAUGCGGCAUAGCAGUCACUAAUGAUGGAAAUGUCGUUGUUGUAGAUAGUGGUAAUCACAGGAUACAGAUAUUCUAAAAACUUAUCCUUUUCUUACAAACAAAAUAAAACAGUGGAAAAAUCA